AUGACAGUAUUCAGGGUGUUCAACUUCAAAGUCACGGGGAAGCAGGUGUUUUCUUCUGCAGCAACUGCAAGCCUGCCAACAGCUUGUUUUUCGCUUGAUUUCUUUUUACACUCUCUGUGCAAAUGUAAGAUUUUUGUAUGGGCUAACCUCACAACCCAGAAGAGACUCGCCUCUGCUGUCCUUAAGUGUGGCAAGCGCAAGGUUUGGCUUGAUCCUAGCGAGAUCAUGGAAAUCUCUGCCUCAAACUCUCGUCAAAGCAUUCGCAAACUUAUCGAUGAUGGUUUGAUCAUCCGCAAGCCUGUUGUAGCUCAGUCCCGUUACCGUGUUCGUGCAAUGGCUGCUGCCAAGCGUCUAGGUCGUCACUCUGGUACCGGUAAGCGUCGUGGUACUGCUAAUGCCCGUAUGCCCACAGCUAUCCUCUGGAUGCGUCGCAUGCGUGUUCUUCGUCGUCUCCUUCGCAAGUACAGGGAGACUGGAAAGAUUGACAGGCAUUUGUACCAUGAACUGUACACAAAGUCCAAGGGUAAUGUCUUUAAGAACAAGCGUGUCUUGAUGGAGUACAUCCACAAGGCCAAGGCUGAGAAUGCUCGUGUCAAAGUUCUUGCUGACCAAGCCCAGGCUUAUCGCACUAAGACCAAGGCUGCUCGUGAGCGUCGUGCACAACGUGUUGCCGCUAAACGCGAGGCCCUCUUUUCCGAUGCUCCUGCACCAGCUGUUGUUGCUGCAGCAGAAAAGGCUAAGAAAUGAAGAUUUCAUGCUGCUUAUUGACGAGGCAUAU